AUGUAUAAUUCUUCUUCCCAACAAUAUGAAUCUGCGCCUCCUCCGCCUUACCAAGCUGUUGACACAACACAAGUUACUUUAAAUAAUGUUGGCAGAGUUAAUUCUCUUCAAACUCAACAGUAUAAUGCCAAUUAUUAUACAACAUCUGAGGAUCGAAUGCAACUAUUUCAACAGUUAGUUGGAAGAUAUGAAAUAAAUCGAGAAUUUGCAACAAAAUUAAGAGGAUUAGAAGGAUAUGAAAUUGUAUUUAUUUGUGAUGAUAGUGGAUCAAUGAACACGCCUCUUGGUGAUAUCACUGGUCCGUUUGAUCGUUUACCAACUCGCUGGGAUGAAUUAAAGCAAACUGUGUCAAUUGUCGUCGAUAUUGCAAGUGUUUUAGAUCCUGAUGGUGUUGAUAUUUAUUUUUUGAAUCGUGAACCAAUGUUUCAUGUUAAACAUUCAUCUGAACUAAUUCCAACAUUUGCUGUACCUCCUCAAGGUCCAACUCCAAUUGUAUCCGUAUUGAGACAAGUUUUGGCUGAUAAAAAAGCCGAAGUACAAGAGAGAAAACUGUUAAUUUUACUUGCAACUGAUGGCGUUCCAACAGAUAUGGAUGGUAAACGAGAUACACGUUCAUUGGAACAACUACUCAGAUAUGGACGAAAUCCAAUUAAUCGUAUCCCAGUGACGUUUAUAGCAUGUACAGAUGAUGACGAAUGCAUUGGUUAUUUGAAUAAAUGGGAUAAAAACAUCGAAUAUGUCGAUGUUGUUGAUGAUUAUCGAAAUGAAAAAAAAGAGAUACAAAAUGUUCAAGGACGAGAUUUUCCGUUUAGUUUUGGUGAUUAUGUCGUUAAAAUUCUAAUGGGUUCUGUAGAUCCAUGGUUUGAUGAUUUGGAUGAGAAAAAGGAUAUCAUUCCUGCUCAACAACAACAUGGUGGUUUUAAUUCAGUGGGACACCAGUAUCCCAAUUAUCAACCAACAACGGUAGAUGAUCGAAUGUCAAAAUUUCAAGAUAUUGUCAAUAGAUAUGAAAUUAAUCGAGAAUUUGCCACAAGAUUAAGAAAUUUAGAAGGUUAUGAAGUCGUUUUUAUUGUGGAUGAUUCUGGAUCAAUGAAUACGCCAUUGGGUGAUAUUACAAGCCCGUUUGAUCGAAAACCAUCAAGAUGGGACGAACUAAAGCAAACUGUGUCAAUUGUCGUUGAUAUUGCAAGCGUCCUCGAUCCAGAUGGUGUUGACAUAUACUUUUUGAAUCGCGAACCGCAAUUUCAUGUAAAACAUUCAUCAGAAUUAGUUCCUACUUUCGCCGUACCACCAGCAGGUCUAACACCUAUUGUUCCCGUUUUACGAAAAGUGUUAUAUGAUAAACAAGCUGAGAUUCAAGAACGAAAACUAUUAAUUCUACUCGCCACUGAUGGUGCUCCGACAGACGAAUCAGGACAUCAAGAUGUCAAAAUGCUUGAACACGUACUUAGACAUGAAAGAAAUCCCAUUAAUCGGAUACCAGUAACAUUCAUUGCAUGUACAGACGAUGAUGAUUGCAUAGGAUAUUUGAAUAAAUGGGAUAAAAAUAUACCGUAUGUUGAUGUUAUUGACGAUUAUAAAAAUGAGAGACAAGAGAUACACAAUACUCAAGGACGAAAUUUUCCAUUUAGUUUUGGUGAUUAUGUCGUUAAAAUAUUGAUGGGUUCUGUGGAUUCAUGGUUUGAUGGAUUAGAUGAACGAAGAGUGAAUAUUAGUGGACCAGUGACAAGUGAUCAACAUGGGAAAAAAUCGAAAAAGAAAGGUUGUACUAUAAUAUAA